GUCAUUUCCUUGUGAUUUUUGCUUUUUUUUUUCCAUGAAACGUGGGGGGAGGGGGGCACGAGCCACCUUGGCCGUCACCCCACCUGACGCUACGCCGCUGUUGCCAGUCAGUCCGUAAGCCUUUGGGCUAGGAAUUCUCGCUCUCUAAGCAAAAGGGAUACCAAGAGAAUAGCUGCUUUGUUGGAUUUAGCCACUACCAGCCUGCAAUGAAAUACCUCUCUGAUGGCCUAGGCCUGCUUUAAUUGAGUGUAUAGGUGUGCCCGCAUUCAGCACACGUCACCGGCCUCCAAAUGGUGACGAUUGGCAAUGCAGAAAUGUUGGCAAGAAAAGUGGCUAUCAUCACUGGGGCCAGCUCUGGAAUAGGAGCAGCAACAGCAAUACUGUUCAGCCGCCUUGGAGCUCAUUUGUCUUUGGGAGGUCGAAAUUGUGCCAAUCUGGAAAAUACAGCUUCAAGGUGUGUAGAGAAACCCCUGCUCAUCCCAGGUGAGCUCACAAAUGAAAGUGAUGUCUGUCAUCUGGUUCAAGAAACCCUGAAGAAGUAUGGAAAGUUGGACAUCUUGGUGAACAAUGCUGGAAUCCUGGAGCUGGGCUCCAUUGAGAAUACAAGCCUUGAGCAGUUUGAUAGGCUCAUGAAGGUGAAUGUGAGGUCCAUAUAUCAUCUGACUAUGCUGUGUGUACCACAUCUCAUCAAGACUCAGGGUACUAUUGUGAAUGUCUCCAGUGUCAACGGACUCCGUUCUUUUCCUGGGGUGCUGGCAUACAAUGUGUCCAAGGCUGCAUUGGACCAGUUCACAAAAUGCACAGCAUUAGAACUAGCAUCAAAGGGUGUCAGGGUUAACAGUGUCAAUCCAGGUGUGACUGUGACAGAAUUGCAGAAGAGGGGUGGUCUCAGCGAUGAAGCCUAUCAAAAGUUCUUGGAGCGGACCAAGGAGACACAUGCGUUGGGACGGGCAGGAGAUCCACAGGAGGUAGCCCAAGCUAUUGCAUUCCUGGCAUGUGAAGCCUCCAGCUUUGUGACAGGUGUUUGUCUCCCUGUUGAUGGUGGACGCCAUGCUAUGUGUCCUAGAUGAUACCCUUAUUCCAAUUCCUUGUUGCUUUGGGAGUGUUCCUGAAGUCAGCUGCUGAGACGGGUUUGGUAAUCUCACUUGGCUUGUCUGAAACUUAGUAGUGUUGGAUGAGAAAGACACCCAACAGUUAACAUAGCCUUUAUUUAAUGUCUCCAUUUUAAAAAUGUUUGUGUGGUAGCACUGUUCAUAAGAGCUACUGAUUCUUUGAGUUGUGAUUGGUUUUUGUCAUGUACAUCUUGAGUGGAAAUUUUAAGUGUUGACAAAGAGCAACAAAUGGUUAUUUCUUCAGUUUAUAUGGUGGUAUGUGGUGGCCUGUUCUUGUGAUCCUCAUAAAGAACC